AUGAUUGGAAGAAAAAAUCUUGGAGGCAGGGUGCGACCUUGUGUCCUUGUGACACAUGUUGUGGGGCAUCAUCGAAUGCCAAGUCCUUCAUAGUUGCUGGCUAACAGGAUGCCUCCCCUGGCAGUUGCCUUGGGGGCUGUACUGUUGACUGAGGGUGACCAAGACUGCAGAGGGAGCUGUAUUGUUUGUGGUGGUGGCGUGGGAUGGCCGUGGGUACUUCCAGGUGUGGCGUUGGCGUAGUUUGGGCUGAGGAUGUUCCCAGCGCGGCAUCGGCAGGUUGAGCAGGCCUGCAGGUAGCGGUAUUGGCAGGCAGAGGAGGCCCACAGGUGUGGCAGCAGUUAGCUGAGGAGAACUCGAGGUAGCGGCGUCAAAAGGGAACUAGAAGAAAUGGCAAAUUUUGACUAUGGCAAACUGGCCUCUGAUCUUGGCAAACUGGUCUCUGAGUUUGGCAAACUGGGCCCUGAGCUUACCCUUUUUCAUCACCGGGGAGAACAGUGCUUGGAUGAAAUCUUUGAGUGGGCUUGGGACAAUUAUCAGUUUGAUUGCAAGGCCCUAGAAGAGUCCUUCAAGUCUGAGGAUAGAGCCAAUAGGCUACGACUGCUUGGCAAUCAGUGUUACAACGCAAAGAAUUAUUCAAAAGCUCUAGAUUCCUAUAAUCAGAGUAUCAUGGCAGCACCACAUCCAAUAUUGAGUAAUAUCAGAAUUGAAGAGACUGAAGAUAAUGCACCAUUUAGUUUUCCUCUUAUCAAUCCUUCAAGUUAUGGUGGUGUUGCUGUAGAGAAAUGUAGUGCCUUAGGAAAAGGAUUUGCAAAUAGAUCGGCUGUUAUGCUUGAUAUUGGGGAGUAUGAGAAGUGUUUGGAAGAUAUUGAUCUAGCCCUAGAGUGUGGAUAUCCUGAAGAACUGCGUUCAAAACUAGAGGCAAGACGGUUGAAGUGCCAAGAAGCGCAAAGGAAGGAGAAGGCAUCAAACUGCAGCCAUAGAAAUUUGGUCGAUAACCUUGAAAGGUUUGGCCUAGGGGAAAUUGUUAAGAAUAUGAAGUCCUACCCCACUGGGAAGCCCCCAGUGUUAAAAGAUCCCAAUCCUUGCAUACCAGCAUUCAGUAGAGCUGUCAAAGUUUCUUAUUGGCCCAAUAAAGGAAGAGGCCUUGUUGCAGCAAGAGAUAUCAAACCAGGUGAGGUCCUAGUUGCGGAGAGAGCAUUUGCUGUUGCUCUUGGGCAAAAUCUGCUACCUACACAUUGUUCCACUUGUGCUUUCCCAUGUGUGAACCCGCUUCCUUGUCCUGGAUGUUCCAAGGUGGUAUUCUGCAGCAAGCCCUGUCAGGUAAAGGGCCUUUCGGAAGACCAUUGGUUAGAGUGCAAGAUCCUCAGUUCAGUACUUGUUCAUGGACUGGGAAAAAUUGCACUUUCCUAUAAAUUACUGAAAACAUGGAACUUCAGCCAGAUUAAAUCUAUGUACGAUAAGCUGAAGAGGGAUAAACCUACUAGUCCCGAACGGUUAGGUUUUGAUAAAAGUGGAAAAUACAACUCAUCAUCUUUUCAGUCUGUUUACCAUCUUCAGCAAUGCAUGGAUUCCAGAAAUUUGGAAUACGUGAUUUCCUUAUGCAUGGAUGCAUUUCGGUUGGCUAAGCUAUUAGAGUUGAGCAAAAGGUUCUUCGUUGAUGAAUCGGGCACACCUGUAACAGUGACUAAAAAAGAUUUUUUAGACACAUGCAAGAUUCUAGUCAACCAGCAAGCUAUGUAUACUGAAUUUAUGUUGGAAUCCCAAGUGAUGGAACUGUUCCCAGCAAAAAGUCUCAUCAACCACUCCUGCUCUCCUGUUAUGUCCAGUAGAGGUUUUGGCCGAGAGUUAGUCUGUUAUUCUUUAAGACCUAUUGCAGCUGGCGAGGAACUAACAGUUUCCUAUUUAUGUGAAACUGACUUCAGCAAUAAACUCAAGCUGCAAAGAAAAGGAGAAAUGGUGAGUGACACUUUUCUCUGCAGCUGUCAGGCUUGCGAGGAGAACUGGCCAACUUUUCUGCAUCUACCUAAAAUUAGGUGGUCAUGUGUAAAUUGCACAAAACCGCUUUUGAAUGGGGGAAUGCAUUGCAAUGAAUGUGUACAAAGUCUAAUAGGAGAAGUAGAUAUUGAACCAGCUUUGAAAAUGAGUAACAUUUGUGAAAAGGUAAUGUCAGCCCUUGGUGUUUUACGUCAAAUGCAAAAGAGAGUUGAGUUAAGGGAACCCAUAACAAAACAAGAUUUUAGACAUUUGUGUGCAGCAUCAGAGGUAGCCUUUACAUACACAACAUUGCCUUCUAAAGCACUUGUAAACUUCAUGAAGUUAGUGGAUGCUUGUGGUCAAAUGGGGUUGAUGUGAAAAGUGAAGUACUUAAUGUAGUAGAAGUGCAAUUUUUGUGUUGAUAAGCCUCCACUAGUUAACUUUCAAUUGUCUUAUGUAAGAGCGUUUCCAGCAGUUAACUUUCAAUACUCUGUUAAUUAUAUACUCUAUAUCAUCGAAGUUAAGUAAGGUCAUUUUGAUAAACAUUAUUUGCAAGCUUGUGGAUAAAAGGAAUGUAAAUGUGUAAGAAUUAGAGGUAUGAUAAUUUGCUAUGGAAAUCAUACUACAGUUAGAAGGUCGGUUCUAGUUUCACGAAAUUGUUGAUGCAAAAGAAAAAAUUGGAUUUUAUUUUUUUAGUAUGGUCAGUGUUAUUAUUUGAGUUUUGCACCAGUGUCGAAAGUAUACAUGGCCCCAGAGUUUCAAAUUCAGUGGUGCAUCCUUAUUAUAUAAUAAGCUUGCUGUCUUCUGGCCAGCUCAAAUUACUCAUCAUUGGCCCAUGUGAGCAUAUGUGCUUUGCAUUUUUUUUUUUCAAAAAAAAAUUAGUUUUCCUUUUCGAAUAACUUGGUCAUUUUCAAAGACAGGGUCUUUUUAAAGCAAAUUAAAUCUCAUAAUGGCAUUGCUUUGUAACAGUCGAUUACCUUGUAACACAUUUAUUACAUAGGUCAAGAUCCUUAUCUAAUGUAAUGAUGAAUUCAAUAUUUCUCUGUCAAGGAGGAAUAAAGUGUUCUUAAUUAACCAUUAAAGUAUGCCCCCAUA